AUGAAGACCAAUAGUCAUGAGACAAACAUGAAACAUGAGGUGAAGGUUGUUGCUGAUCAGAGGAUAAAGCACUACAAGGUCAUCUGUUUUCUUGGUGUAGCUUUGAUUACAUGGAUUGACAAGGCAGUACUUCUCAACCGAUUGAAUGAGUACAACAAUGUAGCUGCCCAAGUCUGCAUAAUCUACUUCACAGUAGCUUUAGUUUCCAUGUUGCUGGGGUUGACUGCGUCUUCGUUUCCCGAUUCUGCUCUCUGUGCUAAGACAGUUUCGAGCAAUGGAGCUCUGCAGGCCUUUUUGUUUUUAAACGCAGUUGUGCACUUGCACAAUAUAGACUUAUAUUCAAAAGUUCGGCACCUAGGAGUCUCAUGGAUGCUCACAUCCUUGGUCUUUUGCAUCUACUGGGUAAUGUAA